AUGUGCGAUGCGUCAAACCAAGCUAUAGGUGCCGCACUUGCACAGCGCGAUGGUAAACUCCCUUAUGUCAUUGCAUACUCUUCUAAAACACUUGAUGCAGCACAAUCCAACUAUACCACUACUAAAAAGGAACUCCUAGCUAUUGUUCAUGCUUUAGAUAAAUUCAGAUCUUAUUUGCUAGGAUCAAAGAUAGUGGUCUACACGGAUCAUGCAGCUUUGAAAUACUUAUUGACAAAGAAUGAGUCAAAACCUAUACUCAUAUGUUGGAUCUUACUUUUGCAAGAAUUCGACAUUGAGAUUAAGGACCAGAGUGGAUCUCAAAACUUGGUUGCAGAUCAUUUAAGCCACCUUGAGAAUUUAAAAUUUGAUCCAUUUCCGAUCAAUGACUCAUUCCCAUUGGAUAGUUUGCAUGCUAUGUCAGAUAGCUUUCCUUGGUUUGCCCCAAUGGCGAACUACUUGGUUGCGAAACUCUUCCCUCCCAACUUUUCUAAACACCAAAGGGAUAAAUUGAUGAGUGAUUACAAAUACUACAUUUGGGAUGACCCUCACUUGUGGAAGAGGGGGGUAGUCCAAGUAAUUCGAAGAUGUGUCCCAGAGUCCGAGAUCCAACCCAUUCAUGAAGCUUGCCAUUCGUCCGAAUGUGGUGGCCACUUUGGCCCACAAAGGACCGCAAAAAAGGUGUUGGAUUGUGGAUUCUGGUGGCCAACCUUAUUCAAGGAUGCUAACCGGUUAUGCGUGUCUUGCCAUCAGUAUCAGAAGUCAGGAAACACAUCCCAAAUGGAUGAAAUGCCUCAACAACAUAUGUUGUUCUGUGAGAUAUUUGAUGUAUGGGGUAUUGACUUUAUGGGACCGUUUCCCAACUCAAGUGGGUAUCUAUAUAUUUUGUUAGCAGUUGACUACGUGUCAAAGUGGGUAGAAGCAAUACCUACCCGCCUUGACGACGCCAAUACCGUCAUUUCUUUUAUUAGGAAUAACAUCUUAUGCCGUUAUGGGUCGCCACAAGCAAUCGUGAGCGACAAAGGUUCCCACUUUUGUAACAGGAAAGUAGAGGCAUUGCUCAAGCACUAUGGAGUAGUGCAUAAGGUUGCCAUUGCUUAUCAUCCGCAAACCAACGGCCAAGCGGAAGUGUCCAACUGGGAGAUUAAGAGAAUCUUGGAGAAAGUGGUCAAUCCACAAAGGAAGGAUUGGAGCCUCCGAUUAGGAGAUGCGCUAUGGGCGUAUAGAACGGCCUACGAGACUCUGUUGGGGAUGAGUCCCUUCCGAAUCGUCUAUGGUAAGGCAUGCCACCUUCCGGUGAAAAUUGAGCACAAAGCCUAUUGGGCAGUAAAGCGGUGCAACAUGGAUUUGACCCAAGCCGGAGUAGCCAGAAAAUUGUAG